AAGAAGCGGAGCUGAUAUAAAUAGAUGGCGCGCCUACUAGCGGCAGUGAGCGGCAGAGCAGCGCCAGCACAGACGGGUACAAUGUCACUGGAGAGAUGUCAAAGUGAAUGGACAGAAAUAGAGCAAGAAUAUCAGCAAUUACAGGAAACGCACAAAGUCUACAGACAGAAGCUGGAGGAGCUGACGAACCUGCAGGCCAUAUGCAGCAGUGCCAUUACCAAACAAAGAAAAGCCCUGAAAGACCUCAAGCAUGGUCUUCAUAAGUGUACGAAAACUCGCAGUGACAAAGAAACGGAGGUGAUAAAUGACCUGCAGGUCCAAAUUAAAGAAAGGCAAAAUGUCUUUUUUGACAUGGAGGCAUAUUUGCCGAAGAAAAAUGGAUUGUACUUAAAUUUAGUACUUGGAAAUGUGAAUGUCACGCUCCUCAGCAACCAAGCCAAGUUUGCGUACAAAGAUGAAUAUGAGAAGUUCAAACUUUAUAUGACUAUAAUACUAAUGUUUGGUGCCGUCACCUGCCUCUUCCUUUUCAACUACCGGGUUAUCGAUGAAAUCUUCAACUUUUUAUUAGUGUGGUAUUAUUGCACAUUGACAAUAAGAGAGAGUAUCCUCAUGAGCAAUGGGUCACGAAUUAAAGGUUGGUGGGUGUCACAUCACUACGUCUCAACCUUUUUAUCAGGUGUUAUGUUGACAUGGCCAGAAGGUCCAAUGUAUCAGAUGUUCAGAAGUCAGUUCCUGGCUUUCUCCAUCUAUCAGAGUUGUGUGCAGUUUCUUCAGUAUUAUUAUCAGAGAGGCUGCUUGUAUCGGUUACGGGCUCUGGGGGAAAGAAACCAGCUGGACCUGACAGUGGAGGGCUUUCAGUCGUGGAUGUGGAGAGGGCUUACAUUCCUCCUUCCGUUUCUAUUCUUUGGCCACUUUUGGCAGCUGUACAAUGCUGUGUGUCUUUUUAAGUUGUCUGCCCGUGAUGACUGCAAGGAAUGGCAGGUAAAGAGAGCAGCUGAAGUUGUCAGACAUCACUAUUAUUGCUCAAAACCCCAAGUGUUCAUGUUGGCCUUGACGUUUCUCGUCCUGUUCUUGGGAAAUUUCCUCACUACUCUGAAAGUGGUCCACCAGAAGCUCCAGAAGAACAAAGAAAAGGUUAAAAAUAACUGACGAGACGCCAACUGGAAGAUUUCAUACGCAGCGAGGCCAGUGUGAAAGUCACAGAACUGAACUUCAAAGCGCACAAAACUGUUUCGUCUAUAAGUGUCUGUUUGGAGAGGGUUGGAGGAAGAUGUUGACGUCUCCGCGAACUCGUUUCAGCAGCGGCAGUGAAACUCAAGAUUUCGUGUCACGUUGCCCUAUCGCCUGCCAUGUUGUUUUUGCUUUUAUUUAUGCAAUCACAGCAAUUAGAGGGUAAUGUUUGGGCUAGAAGCCACUGACAACCUUCAGACACUGUAUACUCAAUAAGUGAGGAGACUUUAGUUCACUUUUGUUUUGUUCCUGUGCAUGAAUAUGUUUACAAUAAGCCACAUUUUAAAGUUUAUGCAAUGCAGCAGAAAAGCUAUAGAACUGUAGAUGCUCAGUUCAUUGCAGCAUCUCAAAGGGAUUUGUUAUGAGGUUUUUUUUAUUUAUUUUUUAAAGCUGGAUAUUGAUUAAAGUACUUGUUCUUAUACAAGGCAUUUUAGCUGAAGCAUAUUCAAGAUUUUAUGUUACGGGAAAGCAUUGAUGCAAUGCAACUUCAAGGGAAAGGUGUGUUUUGCAUGUUGUGGCUUGUUAGUACAGUGCUUGAGCAAGGCCAAACUCUUGAACUAAAGAAAUAGUUCACCCAAAAAUGAAAUUUGAUUAGAACUUACUCACCCUCAGGCCAUCCAAGAUGUAGAUUAGUAGUGACAUAAGUUGCAUUUGGUUACUGGAUAAUUUGUUUGCCUUAAUGCUCUCCUUUGCUUCUUCACACCUGGUUUAGUUUAGCCUAGAACCCAAGUGUUACAAGUUGUUUGGAAUUUCAUAGGCUCAGUGAACUCUACCUGAAGCAAAAACCUGUAAUUAAAUGCAAUUCUCAUGCUGGGAAAUGCUUUAUUGCA